AGGCCAGAUAGACCAGACACAAUGCCAUAUCGUGGAGACAUAUUCUAGGUCUAUCCCUCACCAACUGUAAUGCCUCCUAGCCAUGCGGUUCUUAUAAAAGACCGGGAGGUACGAUGACACCGCCAUCUUCAAAGCUGGAAUCUUUGGAUAUCCAAGUCCUUCAACUGUAGAGCAUAACUGCAUUGCCUGUACACUCGACUCACCCCGAUGCUACCUCGGAAAAGGCACUCUGGCCAGUCCUUUGGGCAAUCUUCAUCCUCAUCGGCUGGAAGAAGCACUCCUCCUCCCUCACCUACUGCAAAGCAACGUCCAACUAAACGUCUCACGCUAUCGAAUGGAACAACAGCAGAUCGUGUUCCGGCUCCGGGUCAUUCAUGCGAUCAUAUAAUUCCAUUCUCUGAUAAUGGCAAUCCUGGCGUGUCGGUCGGAAACAUCUUGAAUGGUAGAUGUGUGUUGGACAGUCCAGAACCUAGUUUCAAGGCGGGGCCUCACAAAGUAGCCUUGCAGUGGCCUGGUUAUGAUGAUUCGGAUCCCAGACACAUCACAGUCAAUCCGAAUACCAAACAGGAACUCGCAGUUGCGGUGUGUACUGCAAUGCAUAAGUUUUACUCAUCUGCAUCAAAAAUGACGCCUUCGGUCAAAUCUGACCCUUGGACCCUCUGUUCACGAGUCCGAUUAAAAGAUAUCUUGCUCACGUCCAUACAUUUGGACGCAGCUGGUGUGUGGCUUCCGGAAUUUUAUGUACUGCGGUAGUGGUAUUGUUGGAUUCGUUGAGUCGAAUUUACGCUUGUUACACAUAAGUAAUAAUGUUACAUAAUGCGGCAGGACAAUGGCAUAUACCUGCAGGUAGUGUUGUAGUGUAGGUUAAUAUAAGAAGAUCAUGAUGCACAAAGGAGUUUGGCAGGUUCGAAAAUCGAGGGCUCUACUGCUACUGUAACAUGCGCGGACUCGGUGGCAUCUUUUACAGGCAGCGAUCGGUGGGCAGGGCUAGUUUGGGUACAGCACUGGGAAAGAAGUUGGCAUCACCUUCAGAGCCUCACUAGCACUCCCGAGCCCCGCAC